GCUCAAACCAAAAAAGGCACGCAGCCAACCAACAACCAAAAGCAACACACCCCACCCACUCCUGCUUUCAUCCCAUCAUCACACAUCACACAUCCCCUUAUCUCCCUCUCCUCACUCCCUCUCUCUUGCUUGUCUUCGUCGGCAAGAGCAGCGGUGGCAACGCACACACGCGGGCGAUCCAAGGCGCUGACACACACCCACACACACACACACAGCAUCAGAUCACAUCACACACGGCCAACACACUCGCGCGUGCAACUGCCAAACAUUACGGCGUCCCAGCUUUUUUUGUGGGUUGUGCUUGAUCUCCAACACUCAAACACACACACACACACACACACCCGACGCACGCAGACGCAAACACACGAGCCAGCCAGCAGCUGCCAAUCAAUCAGCCCUUGCUUGCCACUUGAUUGUUCUGAGGCGGCUCGCGCAUUUACAUUCAGCACGCAGCUCGUGUACCGUCACAGCGCCUGCCUUCACCUCCUGCUUGUCUGCGUGACUGCUGAGAGGACUCACAGCACUGUCGCUGCACAUACGCACGUAUGAUGGGUAUGUGGGGCAGCAGCCGUGCCAUCAAGUUUGAGGCACGGGUCUGCAUUCGAGCAUUACACGCCCUCCCCUACCACAACGCCGUGGUAUUCUGCAGGGUAAAACACAAGGGCACUCCGUACUUGACAUCGAGAGCAUCUGCGAGGUUCAACAUGGUGAGGUGGGAUGAGACUAUAUCGUUCCCGGUCAAGACCAAGGUCAAGAAGAGCGGUACCGUUGCCCGAGACGACGUCACCAUAACCGUCUUUCGCGAGGCAAAAGGCGGGCGAAACUCCAAACAGACGGCAGCUCGUCGUCAUCCCGGCCCGUCUCAGAACCAAUCGCACGUCGUCGUGUUGUCCUCAAUUCGUCUCUUGCUGCCCUUCGCGUUUCCCCAUGCUCAACUGUCUCACCUCGUCACCACGCUGCCCUCAACAAAUGAUCUGUUCCUGCCAUCCCUGUCAUCAUCGCCAUCACUGCCAGUGGGCGACCCAAGCGACGACCUGUCAGCGCUAUUCGCCACCACCGCCGCCACCCCGCUCUCCCAGCAGGAGCACGCCAUGAACUCGUGA